UCCGCCACAACAGAUGGACCUCUCGCGCUCUCCUCCUCCUCCUCCUUCUACUAGCUCGUGGUGGAUGCACGCGCCCCAAGUGAUUGUUUGCAACGGCUGGAGAGCGAGCGAGUUGGUCGAGGAGUUUACCGUUAACGGACAGUAACGGGAGUAAACGGAAAGCCGGAGGAGCUGUAAGAGGAGAACCGCGGCAGAGCGUGCACAUCUGUGUUUGCUCUCUCUUUCUGGUGACUCAACGAGAUCAUACAGUCGUCACCACGCUCCUCUGAUGCUUACUGAAAAUGGAUGACACACAGGACGGGGUUCAGAUUGGAGAGAACAAGUUCAUCAGCAAGGCAACAGUCCUCUCCCAUCUUAAGACGUACAACCUUUACUAUGAAGGACAAAAUCUACAGCUCAGACACAGAGAAGAAGAGGGGGAGCUGAUUGUCGAGGGUUUGCUAAAUAUCUUCUGGGGCCUGCGGCGACCAAUCAGGCUGCAGAUGCAGGACGACCACGAGCGAAUCCGGCCACCCCCCUCCUCUACAUCCUGGCACUCGGGUUGUAAUCUGGACAGUCAAGGUUCCCCCAACAGCACAGAUGGUCAACAGACAACACAGCAGAGCCCGCCCACAGUGGAAGUGACGCCACCUGACAACCAACCAGAGGACAAUGGAGUGAUGGAAGAACAGACACAAGAGGACAGUGAGAGCUCCGCUCAGCUCCUCAGGACGAAGAGUGAUGCCGGGGUCUUAAGACGGGGUCAGCGACGGUCGCCGAGCGACCAGAGGAAAUUACGGCGCCAUCGCUUCUCCAUCAAUGGACACUUCUACAACCACAAGACAGCAGUGUUUACUCCUGCUUUCGGCUCAGUGACUAACGUUCGGAUCAACAGCUGCAUGAGAACACCUCAGGUGCUGCGAGUCCUCCUCAACAAGUUCAAAAUUGAAAACAGCCCAGAUGAUUUUGCGCUCUACCUUGUCCAUGCAAGUGGAGAGCGUGUGAAACUGAAGCGGAGCGACUAUCCUCUGGUGCUGAGAAUAAUGCAGGGUCCUUGUGAGCAGGUCUGCAAAGUUUUCCUCAUGGAAGAAGAUCUGGGGGAGGAAGUCACAUAUGAUGUGGCGCAGUAUAUCAAGUUUGAGAUGCCUGUCCUGCAGAGUUUUAUCACCAAGCUGAAGGAGGAGGAGGAUAGGGAGGUGCAGAAACUCAGGAGAAGGUAUAAUUACCUGCGGUGUAUCAUUGAGAAGCAGCUGCGUUGUCUUCCAGAGGGGGCGACAUGUAUGUGAUCUGCUCAUGGUGAGGACUCCACCUCCAGCACAUCAAACUGUCAAAAACCUUUCCCCCUCCUGAGUACAAAAUCCUCCGUCCAAGAAUUAGCUGACAAGAACCCAGCAUAUCCCUCUGCAUGGAGUCUUUUUCAAAUAAUUCAACCAAUCACCUUACAGAUAAACUCGCAACAUGCCAUCUUGUGUGCAUGUUAAGUGUGACCAUUCAGCAAUAGUCUUGAGAGUCCUGACGACUCACUCAGACCCGAUUGUUUUAUCUCUUUUCUUUGUCUUUGUCGCCACAUACAGUAAACACAGGAAGAUGUUCCUCUACACCUGUGUAAUUUUAGUGUCUUCGCAGUGAAGUACUGUGCAGAAUGAGCCUAAAAUGUGACUUCUUAUCUUCCCCACCACCAAGACUGCAAGCUGAUUCCCAAAAUCAAUUUAAAGCACAAACAUCACAUUAUAUGGUCCCAGCAAAGUGCCUGUUCAAAGGUUUCUCCAAGCACAAAGACACAAACUUUGAUAAAAUAUUGUGAAGUUAUCGUUCUGUGGAAAAUUCUACGGAAAUUCUGAGGGUUUUAACGAGAGCGUAGGAAUCCGGGGUUAAACCACAUCAGACCACACAGUUUGGGUCGAAUGUGAAACCAAACAAACCACACGCAAACAGUUGUGCCCUAUAGUCUUAUAUUGCACUUGGUGCUCUUAUUUUCCUCACUGUUUGAGAAUUUGUUAAACAUUGUAAUUGGAGGAAUAUGAUUGACCCCUCCCCCCUCAAUUUUAUUGCAGCUGGGAACUUCACUGCAGAAAUUAUUAAAGGCCGUGAGAACAAAUAAUCUGUUUACGUUGUUACCAUCAGUCUGAUGUUAACAACAGUUGCCCUUUUUCUGCAGACAUGGAAACUGAAUGUUUAAGACAUUUUAUGAUUGAAGUUAAAGGAAUAGUUUGGCAUUUUGAGAAAUGCAUUCAUUCAUUUCCUUGCUCACAGUUACAUGAGAAGAUUGAUACCACUCUCAUGUCCGUACAGUAUGUAUGAGGCUACCACUGGCUGCUUAGCUUAGCUCAUCUUAUCUUAGCUUAGUUUAGCAUAAAGAUUGGAAACAUAGAGAAACAGCUAGUCUGGCUCUGUCAAAACAAAAUCCACCUAUCAGCAGCUCUAAAGCUUAAUAAUUAACAUUUUAUAUCUAAUUUAUUCUGCACAAAACAUAUCUGUACAAAAACUGUGUGAAGUGUGAAAAUGAAAGGUUUAUUUCUUACAUAACCUCCUGUAACAUGGCAGUUUGUCUUUUUUUACACCUUUUUGUGGAGAUUAAACAGACAAGAUAUAAUGUUUUAAUUACUAGCCUUUUAGAAAAGCUGGUAGAUAGAUUUGGUUACCUUUUCUUAAGCUAAGCUAACUGGCUGCUCACUGUAGCUUCAUAUUCACCACACAGACAUGAGAGUGCAGUAAACUGUCUCAUCAAACUCUCAGCAAGAAACUGGAUCAGUAUACUUUUUUCCUGGUCGUCUAAUUGUCCUUACAUGCAUUCAUGCCUUAGAUAAGAUGACGAGUGAUGAGAUAUUAAGCACAGUAAAAUACUACUUGAUAGAUGAACAGUUUCAACAUUAGAAGUUAAAUAAUAACAUCCAACAAAGUGAAGCACAAAACAAGUGAAAUCCCACAAGACUGUGAAUUAGACUGAUGAUCUUUAAUGUGUGAAUGAUCAUUUCAGAGCAGCACAGUUUGCCUCCGCAUGUCCGGCGCUUUGCAUAUGUCCGAUUUUGUCUGUGAAAGACCACUGGUUCAGUAUUUGUUGACAUUCAUGUUGAACAUUUCCCCAUACAGUACACAGUGGACUUUGUCAACAAGAGUGUGCGUGUGUGUGUGUGUGUGUGUGUGUGUGUGUGUGUGUGUGGUUCUCAGAGUGUGCAUGUUAUAUUUUUAGUGACUCUUUGCUUGCUUUUGUAUUGUCUUUUACAAAAUAAUGAAGAAACCAGUCCUUAAAAUGUUCAGAACUCAUGCCGCUACUUUGAAAAUGUAGGGUUGUUUUUUUUUUUUCGUACGAUGAUUGUUAUUUAAUAAAAAAAGUUAUCCUGAGACAAGAUGUA